UGCACUUCGUGAUUAUCGUUUUAGAGAUUUUUGAAGAAAUUACUUGAAAUUUAUUAUUAUUCUCCUUGUACAAAGUUCACACAAUUGAGUCGAUGUUAUGGCAGAUGACGGGAAUUUCACAGAAAAGCAGAAAUCGCACAAAAAGCGACUUGCAGGUGUAAAAGCCGACAAGAAAAAGGCCAAAAAUAAACCGACGGAUAAAUCCAAAAAUGUCAAAGCAUUUGCUAUUACCAAGGCGCGUAGCGCCGAAAAGCGGUUUCGUAGGAAAGAGGAUAUUUUAACUAAGAAGCAGCACAUCCCAUUAGUCGACAAAACUCCGGAGGAACCGCCGCCAGUGCUCAUUGCUGUUGUUGGACCCCCAAAGGUUGGAAAAUCAACCUUGAUUAAUAACUUGAUCAAGAGCUUCACUAGAACCAGUGUAAAUAGCAUUAAUGGUCCUAUAACCAUAAUCACUUCGAAAAAACGUAGAAUUACGUUGAUCGAAUGCAAUAACGAUAUCAACAGUAUGAUCGACAUUGCGAAAUGUGCUGAUUUGGUGCUUCUGAUGGUGGAUGCCAGUUUCGGGUUCGAAAUGGAGAUAUUCGAAUUCUUGAAUAUCUGCCAGGUUCACGGUAUGCCGAAAAUAAUGGGUAUUCUGACCCACUUGGAUGCAAUAAAGAGUGCCAAGGCUUUAAAGAUGCAGAAGAAAGUACUGAAGCACCGGUUCUGGACUGAAGUGUAUGACGGUGCUAAGCUGUUCUAUCUUUCCGGAAUAAUCCAUGGGGAAUAUGUAAGAAACGAGAUCAAGAACUUGGGCAGAUUUAUAUCGAUAAUGAAGUUCCGGCCACUUUCGUGGAGAGGCGCUCAUAGCUACAUUCUGGCUGAUCGUCUAGAAGACAUAACCAAUUCCGAGCAGAUCCGGCUGAAUCCGAAGUGCGACCGAGAUGUGGUUCUGUACGGUUAUGUUCGUGGUGUUCCUUUGAAGAAGGAGAAUAUGGUUCAUAUCGCUGGUCUUGGUGACAUGAAAAUUGAAGAGCUGAGUGGCCUUCCGGAUCCGUGUCCGUUGCCCACGACGGAGAAAAAGCGUAAUUUGCUGGAGAAGGAACGGCUCCUGUAUGCCCCGAUGUCCGGUGUUGGUGGUAUCGUGUACGAUAAGGAUGCAGUUUAUAUCGAGUUGCAAGGAUCGCAUAGUCACAAGAACGCAACCCAAAAUAGCGAGCAGCAGGAGCUGGUAAAUUCUGUGAUCGAGAAAAAGGAAACUUUGGAUGUGCAGAUCGAAAAUCAGGAGUUUCGAUUGUUCAGCGAUGGAGAUGUGAUCAAAUCCAGCGAAUUUCAGAUUGAUGACGAACGGAUGGACAGCGAGGGUAGCGAUGAUGAUGACGAGAUUGAUCAAGAUUCUGGUGUCGAGGAGUCUGAAGACGAAGACGGGGCACCACGUACUGCGCGAACCGGUUGGAAUCCCGAGGAACAGUCUGAGGAUGAAGAGAACGACGACGAUGAGGAGGAGGACGAUGAUGACGUAACUGACCUAUCGGAUGGGCACGGAACAAAGAAAUCGAGCGGGUUCCUUUCUUCAGAUGAUGAAGGUGGUGAGGAUGAAGUGGCUUCAAGCUCUAUGGCGUGGAAAAUUGGAUUGGCAUCCAAAGCUAGGAAUGAUUACUUGGAGCGACAAGCAACCACCAAGAAUCUGAUGAAAAUUGUCUAUGGUGUUUUCAGUAAAUUUAAGAAGAAUCGAGAACAGGAUCAAGUUGAAGACAUUGAUGAGAACGAAGAGAAUAAGGACGAUGAACUACUUGGAGGAUUGUUCAAAAGUGUUGCUCAGAAGCAAGCAGAAAUGCUCAAGAAGAAAACCAUUCAAGACGUUGAUGAGGGUUGCUUUUUCGAAGAGUAUGCUGAUGGAGUGAGGAAUUGGACAGAGGAAGAGAAUAAGAAAUUGAUUAGGAAUUGUUUCGUAACUGGAAAGUGGAAAGGUUCUGAGGAUGCCGAGGAGCUCCUGAAGUUGGAUGAUAUGAGCGACGGAGACAGCGAAGUUUAUGGAGAUUUUGAAGAUUUUGAAACAGGUGAAAAGCAUAUUGGUCAACAGGAAAAUGACAAUCAAGAUGAAUCAAAUGAUAAGUCGAAGUCGCAGGAUAAAGAAACCCCUCUGAAAAGGAAGUUAUCCAGAAUAGAAGAGAAGAAUAUGUCCAGGACUGAACUGAUGGCUAAGAAGAUGAAAUUGAAAGCAAAGUUUGACUCAGAAUACGAUAAUCCCGAGAAAGACGAUCAACACAUUGAAGGAGAUCACCAGUACUAUGAGAAAUUGAAAGCAGAAGCUUUGCGGCAAUCCGAACUGAACAAGAAAGAGUUUUGCAGUUUGGACAAUGAUAUUCGAUUGAAUAUUGAAGGAUACCGAGCAGGUCUGUACAUUCGUAUGAAUUUUAAAAAUGUACCGAGUGAAUUCGUAGAGCACUUCGACGCUCAGUAUCCUAUUCUGAUUGGAGGGCUUAACAUGGCCGAAGAAAAUGUAGGAUACGUCAGCUGCAAAGUGAAGAAGCAUCGAUGGUACAAGAAAAUUCUCAAGGCCGGCGAUCCGCUUAUUGUGUCGCUCGGUUGGAGGCGUUUCCAGACCAUUCCGAUUUACGCCAAAGUAGAAGACGAUCUUAAGCAUCGCUAUUUGAAGUACACUCCGAAUCAUGUAACUUGCAGUAUGACUUUUUGGGGUCCAAUCACUCCACAAAAUACGGGUUUUCUAGCAAUUCAAACAAUUGCUUACGACCAGCAGGAAACUAAGCGACUUGGAUUCCGUGUUGCCGCAACCGGAGCAGUUAGCGAAAGUGACAAGUCUGCCCAAAUCAUGAAGAAGCUCAAACUAAUAGGUACGCCUAACAAAAUCUACCAGAAAACUGCCUUCAUUCAAGGAAUGUUCAACUCAACACUUGAAGUAGCCAAAUUUGAAGGAGCAAAAAUCAAAACUGUCUCCGGAAUUCGCGGCCAAAUUAAGAAGGCAGUUCCACCGGAAGGUAGCUUCCGAGCAACGUUCGAAGAUAGAAUCGUUCUAAGCGACAUUGUCUUUUGUCGUACCUGGUUCAAGGUGAAUGUGCCGAACUUUUACGCGCCGGUCACGAACCUUCUGCUCCCACCGGAGAAGAAAAUCAAAUGGGUUGGCAUGAAAACGUUGGCACAGUUGAAACGGGAGAGUAACAUCCAAUUUGAAGCGAAGGAAGACAGCUCGUACAAACCAAUCGAGAGGCAAGAUCUGCAAUUCCGUCCGUUGAUAAUUCCGAAAAAUUUGCAGAAAGCGCUACCAUACAAGGACAAGCCCAAGCAUGCCGCCAUAAAUCCGAAGAAGCCGCUGGAAAGUGGGCGUGUUGCGGUGGUUCAUUCUCCCCAUGAGCAGAAGGUGGCCAAGAUGAUGAAAAUGAUAAAAUCAAAUUUCGAAGCAAAGGAAGAAAAACGAAAGAAGCAGACGAAGGAAAAGUCGGAAAAGUACAAGAAGCAAAAAAUCGAUAAUGACUUCAGGAAGCUACAACGUCAAAAGGAGUUGAAGAAGAAAGUCUUCAAGGCGAUCAGUAAGAUGGAUGCCAAACACCAGAACAAUGCUGCUAAGGGCGACAAGAAUAAGUGAUUGAUGAUCAAUGAUUUUUUAUAAGUUACUUAUUCCGAAAAUAAA